AUGGACACCGAAAACCACAACACUUCCAGCAGUAGUGAUUGUGUCCACAACAAGGAGAUUAGUUCACAACUUGUUGGAAUCAACACCAAUGAUCUUGUUAGUCAACCACAACCAACCACGACAACAGCCACAGACACUUCCAAUUGUUUCCUGACAGUCCAUCCUUCUUCUGUCCACCAGCAUCAUUCAAGCUCUUCAUGUUCGAGCCCAUCCUCUACCAUGCAACUCAUAGAACGACCUCUCAGCAUUAAAAGUGACGACCAUGAUGACAUCUCUUCAUGUUGGUCCACUCCACAACAGUGUUCGAACACUGAUAAUGUUCAAACGGAAAACUCAUCUUCAGAGAAACAUGCUCAAUUUGAUAAAUCUCCAACCAAUCAGGUGAUUGAAAUUAAUAUUCCUUCUGUUUCCGCAGGCCUUGCAUUGCAUACCUCUCCACAAAAUCUACUUGCUCGUAAGGGAACAGGAGGAAUCGAUAAGAGCAGUCAACUGUCAUCGGUGGGAGGAAAAUCACCUUCAAGAACCACACAUUCUCAUGGAUCCAAGGCCGAUGGAGAGGGUUUCAAACUUUACACGUGCUGUGGAGUGAUUGAAUUUUCAUGGAUCAAGACUUUGAAUCUAUUUUCCUUAUUUGUCAAUUUAGUGGCCUUUCUUACAUUGGGUGCUUUGAUCAUUGCCAGUUACAGUGGUUCUGCUGCCUUCAAUGAAUUGUUGAACGGCAUGGAUGCAGACACAACCUUUUAUCGUAACAUGUUGAUUGCCAGUGCUCGUUCAUGUGCCUUUUCGAAUCAAAGUUAUGCCAUUGCUUAUAAUUAUUCCAUCAUUUACAACAAUUAUCGUGACAAGUUUAUUACCAGUAUUACAGAAGUGUUGAAUGUCGUUCCACCUCAAUUGCAAUAUCACAUUCCAAGAAAUUUGACCAUUUACGAUUUGAGAACAUUCAAGGCCUCUGUUCUUGAAAGUCAAGUCAUUAGUCUCUCUUUGAACGGAAGUUUCCUUAAUGCCAUGUCCAUUAUUGAAAGUGAUCUUUACAAGUACUAUCUCGAUGGUUAUGAAAUUGAAUAUCAACCUCUUUUGGAUUAUUACAAUCAUAAGGAAGUGGAACGAAAGAAUUUUUCAAUUGUUAUGACCACACUUUCUCUCAUUGUGAUUUGUGUGUCGAUUGCUGUGGUGAUUCCAGUAGUGAUUGCAUCCAUUGCUUUCUCAUUGAAACGUGAUUCAUCCAACACUAAAAAGAUUAAGCAAAUGAGAGCCAAUCUGUUACAAGAUACCAUGAAGGAUGAAAAGAUGAGAGAAUUAUUCAGAGCUCAUUGUGCGUCAGAGUUUUCAUUGGAGAAUUUCAUGCUCUUGGAUAAAAUCACUGAUUACAAGAAUAACAGUGAAAAGAGUUUCCAAAUUCAGGAAUAUUUGUAUGACAAUGAUUCCAAGAAUGAUGAAACUUCUUCCACAGUGGCUUCUUCUUCACAACAAGAACCACCAAAAAAGAAAAAGACAAAAAAAGGUUUCACAGAGAAGGAUUUGCUUCAAAUCGAAAAGAAAAAGUUUGAAAUUGCAUUUGAAAUUUAUAGCGAAUUCUUGGAUGUGAAUGGAGAACAUUCGGUAAACAUUAACAAACAAAUGGCAGAGUCUGUGAAGGAACAGUUGGACUUUUAUGCAACAGGUCAAUCUGAACAUUUGCCAGAUCAAUUAUUUGAUUCCAUUUUCUCAGAGAUUUGCAUUCUCAUGUUGGAUUCCCAUCAAAGAUUUAUUGCACAACAAGAAGCAAAUCGAAUUGCAAAGAAAGAAGCAAUGAAGACUAAAAAAUCAAGAAAAUAA